GUAUCAUACGAGGAUUACUCAUGCAUGCAAAAGACUCCUGGGCUCUUGCAUACGUAGUGAUUGCAAGCCUUGCAAGGACUGCAGUGCCUUUCAGAGGUUGGCAAGAUUCGGUGACUUCGUCUGUAGUAACGGUUCCCGCUCGAGUGUAGGCGUUGAAUUCUCAUUGUGAUCUACAUACUACUUUCCCUUGAUACUUGUUCAGAGUUGUCCCAAGGAGCACCUGACGCAACCACAGCCAUGGGUCAAAACGCUUGCAAAUGCCCAGAACCGAAGGUGAACGCACUUCCCCAGAACGUGUGGGAAAUAGCAGAGCGGGGAGAUGCCAGAGGCGUCAGGGACUAUCUCUCCCUCGGCGGUGACGUCAACGCCGCCAACGCCAAGGGGGAGACUCUACUCGCUUACGCCGCCAGGAACGGGAAAUACAACGUCCUCAUGGAACUACUGAAGUCUUCGUAUCUCCAUCUAAACACCUACCACGAGUAUAACGGCGCAGGGGCCUACACGCCCCUCUGGUUGGCCGCGGCAAAUGGCCACUAUCAAUGCGCGAGUGCCUUGAUGAUGUCAAAUUUGUCGUGCCGCAUCGAUACGAUUGGAAGCAAGGAUAACGACCUGUCUGCUAUCAUGAUAGCAGCAGAGAAGGGCAACUGGAACAUAGCCAAAAGACUUAUAGUGUUCCGAAAAGACUCCCGUGAAAACUUGAGCCCUGAGGAGGCGAACUACAUUUUCCCUCUAGCAGUCCAAGGAAUGCAAUGGGAUAUUGGGGUUCGGUCACUUAACUAUUGCAGUCACUACGACAGUGAUAGUAUUGAGCAGUUUCUCAACAAAGCUGUUGAACGAGACUACUGGGAAGUCAUACUCGAAGUACUGAAGGUUAAAUUUAGAGGCAGGACGAUGAGCAUUUUACGUUUCUUGUCCAAAUCGGCUCGUGAGUUGGAAUGGAAGGUAGUUGCAAAGUUGCUUGAGAUGAUGCCAGAGGAAGUGACCUUCGAUAAGGACCUGGUUGAAGCUGCUCUUAAAUUUAACACAGAUAAAAUCUCUCAACUCGUUAGGGAAAACGAAUACGACGCUGCAACAAUGAAUGGAAACUUACUGAUCGUUGCAGCUGGGGGUACCAACGAAUUCAUUGCAAAGUUCCUGUUCAACAACAUAGGGCAUUAUCCUCAAUGGGUAGUGAAUCAUGUCCUCAGUCUCUCUGCAUUGAAUGGCCACCUUGAAUUCCUACAGCUUUUGUUCCAGAAGAAUUCAGAUUAUAUAUUCACCUACAGCGCCCUCAGCGUGGCACAGAAAGCGGCCAGCCAAGGUGGUCACGUCAACGCAGACAGACUGCUUUCCAAAAUCCUUGAUGAGGAAACUCAGGCGUUUGCCAACAAUUAUCUCAAAGUAAAGGAGAGGGUUUAUUCGUAGUGUAAUGCACCCUGAAUACAACAAAUUUUAGUAUUAUAAGCACACACACACACACACGUCAAUAAGUAGACUACACCAACUCCUCACUAUUAUUCUGUAUCUUUCAUGUACAAGGCGCAAAUGCGAUCUUUAUUUUUACAAUAAAUAAUAGGAAACAGAACCGGUUGACUGUAAUAUAAUCUCGUCAAAUAUUGUAUAACGAAAUAUUUCAAAGUAUCUAAAAA